AUACAUAGUGGAGAAAUUACCGAUACUGAAAUAUCACUCAGUACAAAUUUGCAUCGGCACAUCCCUAGUCGGUGUCUAAUAGAAAAAUAGUUAAUUUUGCACUCUGGAUAAAGUUUGAAAUAAGUAAAAAUGUCUCAAAAUUUUCGUUUUCGGAAUAACAACCGUCGAAACCAAACCAAACAAAAAAAUGUUCAGAGUCUUUCGGCCACAGAUGAACAGAAUCCAGUGCUAAAAGCGUUCCAGGAAUACGCAAACGAGCUGGAUGACAAACAUGACCGCCAUGAAAGGCUUGUGAAACUCAGCCGCGAUAUUACAAUCGAAGCGAAACGCAUAAUUUUUUUAUUACAUACAAUAGAUGCACGAAAAAAUAACCGUUUCCGAGUACUUGAAGAGGCUGAAGAGCGCCUGAAUAAGAUCAUUGAUACAAAUUUCAAGGCUAUAGCCCUGGAGCUGAAUGGAUAUGAUCCCUAUCAAUACCGUUGGGCAUAUUCACCCGGAUUACAGGAAUUCAUCGAAGCGUACAGUUUUAUGGAGUAUUUCAAAUGCGGCGGAGAUAAACCGUCGGAUACCAUGUCAGACUGGAUAAUUUUGCAAGAAAAAAUGAAAUAUAAAGAAGAACAUGAAAAAGUUAGUCAAACAGAUGACAAUUCUGAGGAAUCGGUAGUUGCACCAGAUCAGAAACAACAGGAAGAUAAAGCUGUAGAAAAAAUAGAACCUCAAAAUGUAGAAUUCAACAUCGAUCCCACCGAGUAUAUUUUGGGAAUAGCAGACCUAACCGGUGAAUUGAUGCGGCGCUGCAUCAAUUCUUUGGGCAGUGGGGAAACGGACGUAUGUUUGGAAUCAUGCAAAGUUUUAAAACAGCUUUUCACAGGCUAUAUAAGUCUCAACGUACAAAGAUGUCGUGAACUUUCGCGUAAAAUUUAUACAAUGCGUCAAAGUGUAUUAAAAGCUGAAAACGUUUGUUACAAUGUUAAAGUAAGGGGUGGGGAAGCAGCGAAAUGGGGUGCUGUUUUCGAAACUAAAGCAGCUGAAGACCUAGAUGAAGGGUUCUUUUAAAUGGCCUAUGGUGGACUUUGUAAAGGAUUGCAUCAAAAGAAUCGUCCUCGUUGUCUUUGACUGGGAGCGCUACAAUCUUUCGAUAUUCGACUUGGAAGCCGAGGCUUAUAGCUGUACACCAUAGGUUCAUAUUGGUUUCAGAAUCGCUU